AAUUAAAGAUGGCGCCUUCACACGUCCUCAGAUGCUGUCAGCGGGGUCUGGCUUGGAUACCAGUCAUAUUUAUUGCUUUAGUUGUAUGCUGGUCGUAUUAUGCUUACGUUGUGGAGCUGUGUGUGUUCACAGUGCCGAGUCUCGGAGAGAAAGUUAUCUACUUGGUGGUUUUUCACCUCUCCUUCAUCAUGUUCGUGUGGUCUUACUGGAAGACCAUCUUCACAAGACCAAUGAAUCCAUCCAAAGAGUUCUGUUUACCCAAAGCUGAGAAGGAGCUUUAUGAGAAAGAAGAGCGUCCAGAGACACAGCAGGAGAUCCUGAAGCGAGUCGCGGGCAGUCUGCCGCUCUACACUCGAACUGGGACCGGAGCCAUCCGCUACUGUGACCGUUGCCAGGUCAUCAAACCGGACCGGUGCCACCACUGCUCCGCCUGCGACAUGUGCGUGUUGAAGAUGGACCAUCACUGCCCCUGGGUGAACAACUGUGUAGGUUUCUCCAAUUACAAGUUCUUCAUCCUGUUCCUGGCCUACUCGCUGUUGUACUGCCUCUUCAUCGCCGCCUCUGUGCUGCAGUACUUCAUCAAGUUCUGGACACUUUGCCGGAGGAAAUCAGCAGAGAAUUGUCCGAAGAGUGAGCUUCCUGAAUCUCAUGCCAAAUUCCAUGUGUUGUUUCUCUUCUUCGUGGCUGCCAUGUUCUGCAUCAGUAUCCUCUCCCUCUUCACUUACCACCUCUGGCUUGUAGCGAAGAACAGAUCUACGAUAGAGGCGUUUCGUGCGCCCGUGUUCAGAAAUGGACCAGAUAAAAACGGAUUCUCUCUGGGUUUCAGUAAGAACAUAGCUCAGGUGUUCGGAGACCAGAAGAGGUUCUGGCUGCUGCCAGUGUUCACCAGUCAGGGAGAUGGUGUCACAUUUCCUACCAGGCUGGUCAUCACUGAUCCAGAGCAGCCCACAGUAGUCGUACAUCCUGACCAUCUGAGCCAAAGUGUUGAAGGUAAGCAGUGUAGUCCUCUCAGUGAGUCUCAGAAACAUCUGCUGAAUAACGACCUCCACGAUGAUCACACCGUCGUAAUGGCUGUAAAGUCCGAUGAAAGUGACACCGUCACGGUUUCCGUGGAGAGCGAGUCCUAGCCAGGGUUCGCGGUCAUAAACUGUGGAGGAGAAACACAGCCAUCAAACGUGAUGCCUUAAACAACUCCAUCACCUCUGCAGCAGCUCCUCGUCUGUGUUCGCAUCCUGAUCACACGUCUGGUUUCGUUUUGGGUUUUUUUGAUUUCUCUGCACAUCUUAUCUUUACACUCACUCAUGAACUAUGAUUAAUGGUGCAACUCUUUAAAAAAAAAUUGUGUUGUUUACCAGAUAAACUCGCACUACCAUCACGUUGUUAGGGGCGAUUCUGUUUCCCCGGCAACGAACUGAUCUGAUGUUUACAUAGCGGGGAGUGACCUAAAGAGCUAGAGCUGUUUACAUCUCCGCUCCUUCUCCAUUCACGCUGGGGUGUUUUUUAGUUUAGUUUUGUUUUUAAUAUAAUCUUAAAUAGCAAACGUGUUUUAAAUUUUAUUACAUUCAUGUCUUUUUUUUUUUUUUUUUUCCUGAUUUAUCGCGUCACAGGAUCGCACAUUUGCACGUUGGAAUUCUAGCAAACAUUUAAAUAGAAUUAAAAAAUAUAUUAUAAUUCACAACUAUAACAAAAAAAAGAAGAAACAAACCGUUUGGUCACAAUAUCAGAUAACGUACUUCCGGGUGGAUAACGGCGCCGACGCUGCGCUGGUGUUAGGUGAACAAUAUAUUUAAAAUAAAAACAUUUUAAAUAAUCAUUUAUAUUCUGAUUAAAUAUUAAAAUACACAAAUAUCUCCUGUUUCUUACUUUAGACGGAACUAAACACUCCUAAUGUUUGUUUUUAUUCUACUAAAAUGCUUUCGGUUCAAGUUGGACCUCAAAUUUAAUUCAUUAUAAAUGAUUCCUUCCUUCAAAGUUGGAGCUUCAUCGGCGUAGUCACGUGUGUUCAGAUGUUUCGUGUCUGACUUUAAAGCAGUAUUGUUUGUGUUCUCCUGGUAUUGAUGAAAUAAAGCGAAACAGGAUGGUGUUAGGGCGAUGUGGUGAGAUCGUGUAGCGACGAUCUGAUUUAACAAACCGGUUUUUCUGCGCGGUGAAAACAAGAUGCAUGAAACUAGAUGUACAGAUGGACAGGAGUUAAAAAGUGGAAAGAAAAAAAAAGAUCCUGUUGUGAAACGUCUCAAAAACAGCAACGUUUUGUAUCUGUUUGUAUUUCUGAGUCGGGUGUCAUUUGCAAAUGAGUCGACUCAAUGAGUCGAUUUAAUGAGUCGACUCUUUUAGCUGAACGCAGAGAGCCAUUUUUUCCUCUGGUUGAUUCUUAGACAGUGUAAUUACUCCUGUAGUGUGAUGAUCAUUUAAUCGAGGAAACUUCUCUCCAAUAUCCUGUUCGUUAAAGCAUUAAAGCGAUUCAUUUAGAGUAAGUUCGUUAUCAGCCAGGGGCUUGUUAAUUUAAAUCAAACUUGAAAUUCUUUAUCUGAAGGGUUAAGUCAUCGUCAGCCAUGUUUAAGUUUCAAAUAUGUUAAUGUUUAAUUUAAAAAAGUCAAAAUAUCACAACUUUUACAACGAGUCAGUUAGGAGUCGAUUCAUACUGAGCCGAGUCAAAUGAUCUUGACUCACUUCUGAAACGAGCCGAAUUUCCAUCACAAGUUUUCAGGCCUUCCAAACCGGAUCUGAGUUUUCCACCCGGAAGUCCGCCAACCUGCACAUGUACAGACUUCAGAUUUGUGUAAAGCUUGUUCGCAGGAUCACAGGGGGAGUGUGGAUUAGGGUUGUUUUUUUACAUUAAGGCUGUUAACAAUUAGUAUAGUUUUUUAUUUUUUAUAAUAGUUAGGUCUUGGGGGGACAAAACAGCAAAUUAGAACGUGUGAAAUCUAAUGUUUUACUUUUAGACGUAUGACGUGAAGUGUGUGAUGAAGUUUUGAGGUAAACGACCCUCGUGUCGCUCCGUGAGGGAUUUAACAUGAGCGUUCUUUUACACAGUAAACCCCAUGUACUGAGUUUUUUUAAUUAAGUGAAACGUGACCCAGUAUUUCUGUCAACAUCUAAUUUACUCACGUAUUUCAAACACUUUUUGGAUGGAUGAGUAUCAAAGAAUGAUCUGUUUGGAUGCGCGAUCCCUUCCAAAAGUAUUGGAACAUACAUCUCACUUUGUAAUAAAUGUAUCAUCUGUCAUUUCCUGAUAUUUCCAUCUAGGUACACGACCUGGAGCAUGGCGUCUUAAACAGCUUUUAACAACAAAGACAUCGAGAUGUAAACAUCAGGAAAUGUAAGAUGAAAUUCCAAUCUGUCGUCUCGGAAUCUCCAAAGUCCUCGGUGUAGAGCUGUUCCAAUACUUCUGGAGGGGGCUGUGUACAGCGCAUUACAUAGGGUCUACACUCUGUGUAGUGAGCAUCCAUGUUGACUUGGAAAGCCUGAAUGAUUUUCACUGCUUUAGGAAAGUGACUGUUUUUUAAAUUCUGUGCUUUGUGAUAAACAGAGAAGCUACUUCUAACGUUCACCCAUUAAUAUCCAUUAGACACUCAUUAAUAUCCAUUAGACACUCAUUAUUAUUCACUUAUUAAUAUUCGCCGGCAUUUAAAUACCAAAUCUUUUUAGACUCAAUUGCACUUUCUAACCGGAUUCGACAGACCAGGUUCACGAAGGUUUUUUAGUCAAUAGCACAGAUGAUGUGUUUACAGCUCGCUCUCGCCGCAGAAGCUUCUCACCUCGCAACCAAUCAGAACCUUUCUUAGAAUUUUUUUUUCUCCUUUUCACAAUAAUCAACGUUUCUGUUAUAAAUAGCGUCAGAUCCGUCUCCUUUAUUCGUUCACGCUGAGCUCCAUCUUAUACAAACCUGCUCCAGUAUUGAUCUCCAGAGAAUUCUGGUGUAUAAAUUGGUUGUAAAUAAAUCGAUUCUCGAUCCGAACGAUCCGUUUAUAAAUAACGAGGCUUUGUGUAAGAGACUCCACGUUUUUAUGCAUAAUUCAUAAGCUGGUUGUCUUAUGAAAAGAUUUGUUUAUAUAUAGCUGUGUAGGAUUAGAUUUAUAUUCAGUUCGUUUUUGACAGUGUUGGCAGUCCAGUGCAAAAGUUUACACACACACACACACACACACCUCUGAAGUGUGUGUUAGAGUUAAUUGUUUUUCUCUCGCUUUUGUUUGUUUGUUUUUUUUUUUAUGGUCAUGUUUUUGUGUCUGUUUUUCUCACAAGUUCAGUGUUUUCUGGAUCUCCUUCUCCGGCUUCGUGAUGGCCGAGAUGUUUCACGAGUUCUGUGUCGAUUCAUGACUCUGAUUACGAGUUUCAGCUUGUCUGAAGUUGUAGGAAUUUUUUAAGUCACAUGUUUAAUGGCAAGAACAGACCCGAACAACAGUCUUGAACAAAUUUGUUUUCUAGUGUUUUGUCAAGACAGAUGAUCGUAAUGAUUUGCAACGUAAACCUUGGGGCUUUAUAUUGUUUCCAAGGUGAUGAUUCAGUAUUUGAUUCACAAACGACUCGCCAUAUGAUUCGAUUCAAUUGAGUCACAUUCGAUCGAAUGUGGUGGAGGUCUGCAUGGUUGAUGAUGAUGAUGAUGAUGAUGUAGGGAAUCUUCAGUAAGCUAAAAAAUAUGUAUUGAUUUUUCCCUCAUGAGAAGUUUUUCGUUUUCUUAAUUAUUUAAAUUAAAAUUUUCAAUUAUUUAAUUCAUUUCAAUCGUUGCUUUUCUUAUCGAUGUGUCGAUCCAAAUUUCCAAGUUUCACCUGUAUGACGGUGAUUAUCUGGGGGAAAAAAUAUAUUGAAAAAUAUAAAAUAUUGAUUGAAAAUUUCGACUGAUGAGGAUUUUAGCAUAAAAAAAAACUACAUCACUAAUUUAAUGAAUCUCAUGCAGAAUGUUGAUGGGGAAAUGUUUUGUUCAUGCUAAUAAAUAUUCUUCCUGAUGUCGUAUGAUGAAAAUAUAGAGCCCCACACACACACACACAAAAAUCCACCCAGAAAUGGAGGGGGGGUGCUAACUUUUGCACUGGACCGUACGUGUCAGGCUGGUUAAGGUAAAAUCUGACCUUGGUCACUUAAGGCUGCUGUGUUUUUGCCAAAUAAAGGGCUGAAUAUCAGAGCUCAGAGUGUCGAGAGCAGGAAGUUUCCUCUGUGUGCUCACUCUGAAGCCCAAGGACACCAAAUCCUCUUUUCCUUUUCUUCACUUUUUCAAUUUCCUGUUUAUUUAUUCUGAUUGUUUUCCAUCUGCAGUAUCAGUUCAGUGCUGUCGCUUUGUUACUCUGCUGGCACUAGCCAUCUGGUCGGGUGUUUAAUCUAGAAAAUGUUGAAUAUUAUAAGUGUUUUUCAAUAUCCAAAGUGCAACUGUGUAUUUGGAAGGUGGAGUGUGUGUGUGUGUGUGUGUGUGUGUGUGAUGGUGAUCAGUAUCAGAGUUUUCUCCAGAUCAGUACAGUAUAUCAGACCGUGCGUCAGGAAUCCCGCUGUUGAAACACACACACACACAGUGUUGAAUAAACACAGACCUGCAUUAACUUGCGCGUGCGACACUGAGCCACCGUUUCCUCCAUUCUAUGCAAAUUAGAUCUCUAUAACGCUCUGAAGGAGCGACAGAUCCAAACCAUCAGAUCCAACACGGUUCCUCAGACGUUUCUUCUCGCUGCUUCAGCUUCUUACCUGAAAACUCCAGAAGGAAUCUUUAUACCUGUGGUUUGAUCGUCUCCUGUCCUACAGAGACCAUGGGUUGAUAUAUAUAUAUAUCUGAUAGCAAACACACACACGUUCACGCUGACGAUUGUGUUAUUUCAGGGUUUAGCUUUAGAAGGGAUCUCUAUAUUUAUAUAUAUUCUUAUCAGUAUAUAGGAAACAGGACAGGACAGGCCACGCCCACCCACAAUUUGCAUAGAAAACAAUAAGGAGCGUGUGAUUUAAAAGCCGUGUCUCUCUCUCUCUCUCUCUCUCUCUCUCUCUCACACACGCACAAACGCACAGACUACGCAGCUCCGAUUUACAGAUGGAGAUUUCUGAGCUCUGAAUGUUUAAAACACUAAGCUGAUGUAUUUUUCUAUGAAUUUAAGUCUAAUGGAGCAUCGUUCCAGGCUGUAGGAUAGAGAGAGGAGUGUGUGUGUGUGUGUGUGUGUGAAAAGGAGUGCUUCAGUGGAAAUGUGAAGAUUUCAGCACACAUUUAUUUCGUUCUCGUGAACAGCAGACCAGUCUCGUACCACUUCCUUUUUUUCUUUUUUGCUUAAACGCUGCCGCAAAGUGGUUCUGAAAUUUAUAGAAAUAUUUAAGUCAGGUCUUUUUGCUUUGUGGAUAUUUCCCUUCAUCUUGUUUCCUCUUUCAGUCCCAGCACUGAUGAUUUGAUUUCUUUAUUCUUCAACAAACUAUUUUUCCUUCCUUUUACACCUUUUUGAAGCCAUACUGAAUUCUCAAUUCGGAAUUUUUUUUUACUUUGGACCAUUUUUUAUUUAUUUAUUUUAUUUUAUUUUAUUUUUUUACAAAAAAGGAAAAAAAAAUCCUAGGAGGUUUUCUGGCAUGUAGAGUAGCUUAUAUUUGUAACCUGCUGAUUUUUUUCUUCUCUCGGUCAAAUAUGUUUCAGGAUUUACAGGAAAAUAUCGAACAGACUGUAAAACAUUGAUCUCACGUCUAUUUUUCUCGUCCGAUUUAAUUUGAAUCUUGAUAUUUUGUGAAUGAAGUACUUGCUUAUUAUGUGAACAUGACUAAAAAUAAACGUGCUUUUAUA